AUGAAGGAUAACAAAUCGGUUUGGAAUAAAAUCUUCGCCAUUCGAGAAUCGUUUUAUAAACAUUUCCAAGGCGAAGUUACAACUCAUAAUGUUCAGAUUCAGUCUGAGUGGUAUGCGUUUUCUCAUUGGAUUUAUGUGAUUUACCGUAAAUCAUUUGCUACUCGUGAGGAGCGUAAAUCGUUUGAAUAUAAUUUCAUCCAAUGUUCAAGUAACGUCGAAAGGGUCAAUUGUUUCAUGGACUGUCAACCGAUUCAGGCUAAAUUUGCCAAAUCUGCUAAAAAAUUGUGGUACCAAUCGGAUUUACCAUCGAAAAGAGGACUUCAAGCAUUGAAGAAAUGGCUUAUCAAGAAUAACUUUUUCGCCAAUGGUUCAACUAAUUGUAGCACCGGUUUCGAUACUUUGAUUGAGAAAGUUGAAGAUCCUUUCGCUGAACUGGAAAAAUUAGCCAAUCCGGAAGAGGAAAUUGAAGAGAUUCUUAUUAAAGGUCCACCCGUUUGGGAAGAUUAUGUUGAAAAUGAUUCUCUUCGAGGUGUUUCCAAUCUCGUUCAGUUGGGUAAUCAUCCAGUUAAACGAAGACAAUUGUUGGCAUCAGCUGAUAUUCCCAAGGGUUCGGUAAUUGCUCGAGAAGAGGCUCUUUGUGUUUGGUUGGCACCGAUUAUGUAUGACACUUAUUGUUAUCGGUGUCUCUGUCCACUUCCAGAGGUUCGAUUGACCUGUCAAGGGUGUAAAAUGGUCAACUUUUGUUCAACUGAUUGUUUCGAUUCGGCGAAAAAUACUUUCCAUGGAAAAGAGUGUAAUUACAUGGGCAUGUUGAAACAUCUUUCAAUUUUCCAUUUUACCCUUCGAAUGUUACUUGCAAUUGGCCCGAAAAAAGUUGUCGCAGCUUCAGUGUCCAAGUUUAUGUCCUCAGCGAAUCCUCCAGAAGAUGAAUUCUAUCCCUCAUUCGAGGGAGGUGAUGAUGUUUCUUCAUUUCUAAACUUAGAAUCUGGUGUUCAGGGUGUUUCGAAUUCGGAUAUGUUGACAUUCUCAUGUACUGCUUUAUUCUGUUGUCAUUUACUUCGAGAAAUGUCCUUCUUUGAUGUUGCAUUUCCGGAGAAACCGUUAUUCUGUUCACUCAUCUCAAUGAUGAUUCUCAUCUCUCGAAAUAUAUUCACCCUUUAUGAUCACACUUUCCGAAUGCUGAAAGUACCUGAAACAAGUGAUCUGAUCAUUGAAGGCCCAGGUAAAGAGAUUGGCCAUGGACUGUUUUACAAGACGUCGCUCUUUAAUCAUUCUUGCAGUCCAAAUGCUCACGCUGUCUUUUUCGGUGCUUCAAUUGUGGUGAUAACAACCAAAGACAUUGGUGCCAAAGAAGAGAUAACCAUCUCUUAUGGUGCGAAAUAUCCUGAGAUGAAAUUUGAAGAUCGUCAGGUUAAACUACGAAACAAUUUCUAUUUCAAUUGUCUUUGCGAACAAUGUGAAACUGAGCUUAUUGAACGGGCACGAGUAAAGACUUGCGAUCAAUGUUUCGAUUCCCUGUACCAGAAAAUCACCUCUGGUCAAGUUUAUGUCAACGAAACCGGUGAAAUCCUCCCAAAAGAUCAAGAAGAUGAUAAUGGCGAUUCGAUUAAAGAUCAAAAGUGUUCCGAUUGUACAAUUUUAGUAAAGAAGAAACACCAAUGGGACAAAAUUCGAACUCUUGGUUUGGAAUAUUAUGCAAAGGCUCGGAAAUUGAUCCACAAAGAGGAGUAUAAAAGAGCGAUUCGUUAUUUGAACAAAUCGUUGCAACAAUUUACUGAAGUCGAUGAUCUUUGGUACAUGUUUCUUGUUCGAGAUGAUUUGGUCACUUGCUUGAGGGCUUUAGAUGAGUACGAGGAAGCAUUUGAACAUUGCUGGGAAAACUUGAAGACCAGAGGUGAUCUUUAUGAAAAAGAUUCUGCUACUUAUGCAAAUCAGUUGCUCAUUACUCUUGAAUGUGCUAAAGAUGCUGGAGUUGCCGCUUGUAAGGAUAAGAUUGAAUCGAUGACCGGUGAGAAUGUUAUUAAAACAAUCGUCGAUUCAUUUAACGAGCUUCAUGAUCAAUUAUCUAAUCAUCAAGGUAAAUUUAUUGAGCACAACAAUCAGCAUUAUAUUGAUUUUUUAACCCGUAAAGAUGAAUACACUAAAUGGCUAAAAGAUAUUGUUCAACAAAGUACCAACAUUGACACAAUAUACAAUAUCUCAUGA